AUGAUUUCAGGCUUUAUAGGUCAAGAAGUUAACUAUUUUGAACUUGGAGAAUUGGAGAAAGAAACAUUUGUCUCUACAACCCCGAUGGAGGAAGGACAGAUCCAGCAUGAAGAUAAUGUGUCUCUCGUGCAUCCCAUGUACCCUGUGACCCGUGAAGGAAGCAACAUGAACGGAUUUGCAAUGAUGCCUAUGUAUCCAAAGGAUAUUGGUUCUGGAGUCAUGUCAGUUCAAGCUGGGAAUCCAAUGGAAACACUUACUUUGGGACAAGGAAAUGUGGAACAGAAUGCGCAUAGUACUAAGCUAGUUUGUACAACUCCUAUUGUUCCAGAUCAUAAAGGCUCCACAGUGUCUGAUAUCACUGCCAGUUUAAGUUCAGAUGAUCCUCCAACACUGUCUCUCGGAUUAUCUUUGUCAUCUAGUCAAAGAAAAACACCAUCAAUACAUUCAGCUUUUCAUGCACUAUCUUGCUUCAACAAUGGAGAUAGCGUCAUAACCGUUGCUUAG